UUGAGGAAUAUGCAAAAUCAGAGCCUGGUGACUGAGUUCAUCCUUUUGGGUCUUUCACAGAAUCCUAAAGUUCAGAAAAUAGUCUUUGUUGUAUUUUUCUUUGUCUACAUUGCAACAGUCGGGGGCAACAUGCUCAUUGUGGUGACCAUUGUCUGCAACCCUGCACUGCUGGGCUCCCCCAUGUACUUCUUCCUGACCUUCCUGUCCUUCCUGGAUGCAUGUUUCUCCUCUGUCAUCACACCGAAGAUGCUUGCAGACUCCCUCUAUGAGAGGAAAACCAUCUCCUUUGAAGGCUGCAUGAUACAGAUCUUUGCUGAGCACUUCCUUGCUGCUGUGGAAGUCAUUGUCCUCACCGCCAUGGCCUAUGACCGCUAUGUGGCCAUUUGCAAGCCCUUGCACUACUCUUCUAUCAUGAACUGGAGGCUCUGUGGCAUUCUAGUGGGGGUAGCCUGGACUGGUGGCUUCCUGCAUUCCAUCAUACAGAUUCUCUUUACUCUCCAGCUGCCCUUCUGCGGUCCCAAUAUCAUUGAUCAUUUCAUGUGUGAUUUGUACCCCUUGCUGAAGCUUGCAUGCACUGACACUCACGUCUUCGGUCUAUUGGUGGUGGCCAACAGUGGGUCUAUCUGCAUUAUUAUCUUUUCCUUGCUGCUCGUCUCCUAUGGUAUCAUCUUGUUUUCUCUGAGAGCUCACAGUGCUGAAGGGCGGCGGAAAGCUCUGUCUACUUGUGGAUCACACAUUGCUGUGGUGGUUUUGUUCUUUGUCCCAUGCAUAUUUAUAUAUGCAAGGCCUCUGUCUGCCUUCUCCUCUGACAAAAUGGUGGCCAUACUUUAUACCAUCCUAACUCCCUUGCUCAAUCCCGUGAUUUAUACUUUCAGGAAUAAGGACAUGAAAAAUGCCAUGAGGAAAAUGUGGAUGAAAUUGGUAGUAGUGAAUGAUGAAAAAUAG